UAGGGGCAUUUACCGCCCUGGACAAGGCCCAGUCCUCCAUGAGAAGGGUCUUUCAGGGACGGGUCUCCACUAGGGCCGGCAGUAGUAGGGGCCGUCUGUCCGGCCGCUCCAGUUUCCAGGCGGCGCCAUGGUGCUUUACCAAGCUCCUGCGUCCGGUCGUUGCCUGGCUGCGGAGUCGGGGUGUACGUCUAGUCAUCUAUCUGGACGACAUCCUCAUUAUGCAUCAAUGUCAGGCGGCGCUGCUUCGGCACCUUCAAUGGACGUCGGACCUCCUUUCGGCUCUUGGUUUUCUACUGAACCCCGAGAAGUCCUGCCUCACGCCGUCUCGACGGAUGGAAUUCCUGGGCUUCACGGUGGACUCUGUUGCGGAAUCUCUCAGUCUCCCGUCAGAGAAAUUGCGGACGAUCCGCAAGGAAUUGAGACAUGCCCUUUCAGCGUCGUCCCUGUCCCUGCGUCACCUGGCUCGCAUUAUUGGCCUGUUGGCCUCCUCCAUCCAGGCGGUGUUUCCAGCCCCCCUCCAUUAUCGGGCCCUUCAGCGCCUGAAGAUUGCUCACCUUCGUUCCGGGGCCUUGUUCGCGGACAUGGUGGUUCUGGAUCAGGAGGCUCGGGAGGAACUUCGUUGGUGGUUAGACAACUUGGAAGCCUGGAACGGCAGAGCGAUCUUCGGAUUUCAACCGGAAUUCACGAUAGAGUCGGACGCGAGUCUCCUGGGCUGGGGUGCCCACUGCGAAGGUGUCUCCACCGGGGGUCGGUGGUCGGAGGCCGAGAGCCAUCUUCACAUCAACGCUCUGGAACUCCUGGCGGGCUCGUUUGCCAUCCGCAGUUUCUCCAAUGGCAUGGCGCAUGCCUGCAUCCGAUUACGUAUGGACAAUGUGUCGGCGGUCCGCUAUGUCAAUCACCUGGGCGGCACCCAGUCGGCUACCUUGGCGCGACUGGCGAAGGAGUUUUUGUCCUACUGUCUCUCCAGGGACAUCAUGGUGCAGGCGGAGUACCUUCCGGGUCUACACAACGUCCGGGCGGAUCGGAGUUCCCGCUGCUUCACGGACGGCAGCGACUGGAGGCUAGCGCCGGAGAUGUUCUCCACGAUCUCGGAUACCUGGGGCCCUUGCGCCGUGGACCUCUUCGCGUCACGGCUCAAUACUCACCUUCCCAGGUUCUUCAGCUGGCGCCCGGAUCCGGAGGCGGAGGCGGUGGAUGCGUUCCUUCAGGACUGGUCUUCGGCUCUGCAAUACGCGUUUCCUCCUUUCGCCAUGAUCCCGAGGAUGCUGCUGCAGGUUCGUCGUCAGGUUGCGGAGUUGGUGGUGGUGAUCCCCUUCUGGGGAACUCAAGCAUGGUACCCGGUUCUCCUGGAACUCCUGACGGACGUGCCUCUCCUCCUUCCGGGUCGGACGGAUCUCCUCCAGGGCCCUCUGGGUGCUCCUCACCCCCUGCUGCUCGACGGCUCCCUUCAGCUCCUGGCGUGCCGGAUCUCCGGACUCCCGGAGAGGUCGCAGGCAUUUCGGAGGCAACUAGACGCCUCCUGGACAACGCUUGGGCUCCCGGCACCCGAAAAUCUUACCGGGCAGCUUGGGGAGCUUGGGUUAGCUGGUGCGUGGAACGGAACCUUGAUCCCGUUUCGGCGCCUGUGA